AUGUCAGAAAUUAAGGAACAAGCAGAUAAAGCAUUUUCAUAUGUUCCUCCAAACUCUCCUCUAAAUAGCAGCACAGCUCACCCUGCUUUUCCUCCAGAAUACAUGGUCAACCCAGAAUACCUGGAGAGAGAACCUCCAAAAGUGUACCCUGGGUGUUCUGGGGUAUAUCCUUACCACCCAUUUCCCAUGGGAUUUGCCAUCAAUCAGUCAAGCUGUAGAGGAGCACCAUCACCUCCAGGGAUACCACUUCAGAGGGGGUUCCGACACAUUCCUAGCAACUAUGGGCCAGGGAAUGCAGCUUCUGUGUCAAUUCCAGAUGGAAGUGGAGAGUUCCAUCAAGGAUACUACACUCCUCUGCCUCACUUCAUCCCACCAAGUUUUCUGCCAGGGAUUCAUUACAUUCCACCGCCCCUUUCACUGAACAUGCUGGCUGAAACAACCAAGGAAGCACACGCUACUGAAGCUGAUAGUCAGGAUUCAGGGGUUUGUGAACCUGGCCAACCAUCUUCUUCCCCAGAAGAGACAAGCAGAGACCAAUCUGUAUAUUCUAAACAGUAA